GGAGGGGGGGUGUUUGGGGCUGUACUUGCGCGCAGCCUGCGCGCGCGCGCCUUCUCCAAGGAUGAACGGACGCCGGCGUGCAUCCUCGUCCCCUUCGACGUGAUCCUACUUCGCAUCGUCGUCUCCCGGUGGCCUUCCAAGUGAAUUUCCUCGCGCUCGCUUUUCAUGUUUUCAUGCCGCCUGGUUCCAUCCGUGACGCCGUGGAUUGUGUUCAUCGUCAUCAGCAGCAGCAGCGGCAGCAACUCCGCCGCCCGCCGCUGCGUUGGCGCUGCGGAAUAGCCGACGAGGCGAACAAGAAGAGGCCAGCACUCAGCCCGGGAGACAAGCCAAUCCAUUUUGGCGGAAGGGGUGGAGGGUGAGGGGGUUGGGGGUGGGGGGAGGCGGCGGGGUGGCAAAAGACAGACGGGCGAGCGCCGAUGAGGAUGUUGAAGGGAAAAACAUCGACGUUAGACUCCGCGACGCCGAGUGAGAAGAAACAAACAUCCUCUACAGAGGAGACGCUUUCUGUUCCGGAGCGAAUUUUUUCAUUUUCAUUUUUAGACUAAUAAUUGUCAUGGGAACAAAAAAAACGGGGGGGGGCGCGCUUUGUUGAAAUAACAUGCGAUGAAGAGCACGCUACUCGGUAGUCGCAAAGUGAAAUAAGGAUCUACUGAGAGAGAGUGAUUGAGCGAGUCUUUAAUAUCAGAUCAGAGCCGUCUUUCUGAAUUAUGAAGGAGAAAAACGGCAUCGGAACAUCAAACAUGAACAUAAAAAUAAGCACUUAAAGGCCCCCCACCCCCCCUCCUCCCCAUUCGGAGGCGAUUCGGAACAUCAGACAGCAGUCGGGGUGGGUCAUGACUGAGUCGCCAUGCGUGCCGUCAUGGUGAGCAGCCACCGCGGCCCGUCCCCCCUCCUGUGGUUGGUCCACCUCCUGCUGUGGCUCCACAACCACGGACCUCGGCCGACGGGGGCGGCUCCCUCCUGCCCGGCGCCCUGCAGCUGCUCCAAUCAGGCGAGCCGCGUCAUCUGCACCAGGAAGACUCUGGAUCAGGUGCCGGAGAGCAUUUCCGAGAACACGCGAUACCUCAAUCUCCAAGAGAACGCCAUCCAGGUGAUCAAGUCGGACACCUUCAAACACCUGCGGCACCUGGAGAUCCUCCAGCUGUCCAAGAACCGCAUCCGUCAGAUCGAGGUGGGCGCCUUCAACGGGCUGCCCAACCUCAACACGCUGGAGCUUUUCGACAACCACCUGACCGUGGUGCCGUCGCAGGCCUUCGAGUACCUCAGCAAGCUAAGGGAGCUGUGGCUGCGGAACAACCCCAUCGAGACGCUGCCGGCGUUCGCCUUCCACCGCGUUCCCUCUUUGCGCCGUCUGGACCUCGGGGAGCUCAGGAAACUGGAUUUCAUCUCGGAGGCGGCCUUCGAGGGCCUGAUCAACUUGCGUUUCUUGAAUCUGGGCAUGUGCGGCCUCAACGACAUCCCCAACCUGGCGCCGCUGGUCCGACUGGAGGAGCUGGAGUUGUCGGGCAACCAGCUGGGAAUCGUGCGGCCGGGGUCCUUCCAGGGCCUGGCGUCGCUUCGGAAGCUGUGGCUCAUGCACUCCAAGGUGGCGGUCAUCGAACGCAACGCUUUUGACGACCUGAAGAUCUUGGAGGAGCUCAACCUGUCGCACAACUCGCUGCAUUCGCUGCCUCACGACCUCUUCACGCCUUUGCACCAGCUGGAAAGGGUGCACCUCAACCACAACCCCUGGGUGUGCAACUGCGAAGUCCUGUGGCUCAGCUGGUGGCUGAAGGAAACGGUUCCGAGCAACACCACCUGCUGCGCCCGCUGCCACGCGCCGCCGGGUCUGAAGGGCAAGUACAUCGGCGAGCUGGAUCAGAGCCACUUCACCUGCUACGCCCCGGUCAUCGUGGAGCCGCCCGCCGACCUCAACGUCACCGAGGGCAUGGCCGCCGAGCUCAAAUGCCGCACGGGAACCUCCAUGACCUCGGUCAACUGGUUCACGCCCAACGGCACGCUGAUGACCCACGGCUCGUACCGCGUGCGCAUCUCGGUGCUCCACGACGGAACGCUCAACUUCACCAACGUGACCGUGCAGGACACCGGGCAGUACACCUGCAUGGUGAGCAACUCGGCCGGGAACACCACCGCCACGGCCGUGCUCAACGUGUCCGCCUCGGACCCCGGCAACAGCUACAGCUACUUCACCACCGUCACCGUGGAGACGGUGGAGGCGGCGGGGGGAGGGGACAACAAGAGCUCGGCCAGGCAGUACAUCAACGAGACCUUCAUCGAUUUCCCCAAUCCCGCCGUGGAAAGGGGGGUCUCGGACGGCUUCACCGCCGCCCCGGCCGCCUCUUCGCUUUCCUCGCUCUCCCCGCGGGCCGACGGGCCCACGGAAAACGCGGCCACCGUCUCCGUCGUGGACGUCACCAACAUUCCCGGCCUGGACGACGUCAUGAAAACCACCAAGAUCAUCAUCGGCUGCUUCGUGGCCAUCACUUUUAUGGCGGCCGUCAUGCUGGUGGUCUUCUACAAGCUCCGCAAGCAACACCAGCUGCACAAGCACCACGGCCCGGCCAGAGCCGUGGAAAUCGUCAACGUGGAGGACGAGAUCGGCGCCGGUGCGGGAAGCGGCAUCUCUGGCGGCUCCGCCGUCAACGCCGGCGGAGGCGGCGGCGGCGCAGAAGGAACCCUGCGGAGGCACUGUCCCGAAAUGGUUGGCCGUUCCGACGCGCUCAACCACUACUACAAGGCCCAUCAUUUCAACAACAACGUGAUGGGUCUGAGUAUCGGGCCCGACGGAAUGGCGUCGGCCGGACUGCGCAAGAACCAGCAAGGCCAGCAAAUGCCCGUCCCCAUUUCCACGUCCGGUUUGCCCGUCUCCUCGGGAAACGGCGGCAACGUCGCCCCGAGUUCCAUGUCGCCGCCUCUGCCCAUGUCGCUCCCCAUGCCCGCCAUGGCCCUGCACGGCUCCAUUAAAGGUUUUAUGGGCCAGAACCAGAACCCCCAAAUGGAGCCGCUUCUCUUCAAGGGGAGCUCCAAGGAGAACGUCCAGGAGACUCAGAUCUAAAAGCGCCGCCGCGGGGACGGAGGAGGGGGUUUACUGACUCGAUGGACGGGACACGGCGACCACACGCAAAGACUCGUCCGAGGAUGACGGCGGCGGGCCACUUUAGCGUUUGUCGUGGCGCUCUCGGCCCAGGAGAUGGAGGAACGGACGUUGCUACCAUGUAAAUCUGUGCCAAAGCAAAGGCUUUGUUUGCCUUUUCUCCAAACUGCGUUGCCAAUGGGCGGACAAAAUAAAAACAACAUCCCGACCACAAGAACGACGAUGACGACGACGUCUUUGGGAAUCUUCGGCCCCGAAAUCACCGUCGGCCAGCAGUGACGGAGGACUUGCGGACUCGUACGUAGUGACCCCGCUGGACAGGAACGGCAGAGCGAUGAAAUGGGAGAGCCCUUUUUUUUUCUUUCUCAAAGAGACGCCACACUUGCUGUGAAGUGACUCGAUGGAGGCGACGAUAACGUAGGCAGAAAUCGACGGACAGAAAGGUGUACGCUGCAGUACAAACUACUGUGAAAAAAAAAUCCACAAAUUCUAUCAAUCUAUUUUCAUUGAAACGUGUCUCAUCGCAAAGUUCGGACGCAGAGAUAUUUUGGGCCGGGCGCAGGCUCCGCUCGAGUUUGUUUCUAUGCGAAUGACGAGGUGGGGCGGAGCCGGGAGGGGGGUGGGGGGCGGGGUUUCAGCUGGGCGACUUCUCAGAGAACAUAAGGGCUCAAUUGCAACACUCAUUGUGACUCUUUGAAUUGGCUCAGAGGCUAUUUCGGUUGUCGUGGAGCAAACUCCAUUUGACCAACUUCUGUCUGUUGCUUGGCUAGUACUCAUGACGAUUUCUUUUGUGUUCCGAGGGUGUAUCGUGUGUUCUUGUAAUUUGAAUGCCGUCCACUCUGACGAUGUUGCCACCAAGGUUUUGCAAACGGGUUGGUGCGGCUAAGGUCAAGAUUUGACUUGGACGUGAAUGUGUGUGUAUGUGUGUGUGUGCGUAGCCGGGACUUUGAUACGAGCUCCUCGCUCGCGGUGACUGUCGUCAUGCCAUAAACGCCGCCGUUUCCACAUCUCCCCCCGAAGGGAUCCCGCAAGGAAUGGAAAUGUACAGUAUCUCAACAAUAACGCUGUCCGGUUGUACGACAAUUGCAAGAACUGCAUUUUUACGGUGCAACUUUCAUAUCUGUCCGAUGCCAUUUGCGCUUCUCGCGUUUCAACGAUGUACUCCUUUAUUUUUGUUAGUUUGAUAUAAUGUGUACAGUUGUCUAGCCAUGUAUCAUGACGUGUGAAAUAAACGACUCAUAUAUUGGUCCGAGUCGG